AUGGCCGGAGGUAACGAUCGGUCGUCCGUCCCCGACAAGGGGAUGGGCAAGCUGAACCUCAACGCCGUGGAGUUCAGGCCCCCGCCCGCGUCCGCGCCCGCGCCCGCGAAUCCCGGAAGGGCCAGCGUCGGUGGAAAAAAAGGUGGCUCUAAAGGUCAUGGGAGCUAUCGGAACCCCGGCGAGAACCGCGGCGGGCGCCAGCGGCGCGAGGACCCGCGCGGGGAGAAGGUCGCCGAGGGAUCCGAUGCGUGCGGAUCCGGCAGGGGUCGAGGCAAGGGCCAGGCUCCACGCGCGAUUCCCCGGGCCAAGGGCACCGGCGCGACCGACCCACACGCCGUCGGGUCCCCGGGCUCGAACGGAGCAGAUCUCGUACACCCGGACGCCUCCCCCGGGGCUGGCCCCGGCCGCCGCGGCGUGCGCGCCGACUUCCUCCUCAACUUCACCUCCCCCCACCGCGAGAACCUCGUGGGGGCCAACACCGAACGCGCCCGCGGGACCGGCCGCGGAGGCGGCCGCGGCGGGGGCGCAGCGUCCGCCCACGGCAACCGAGGCAACCGAGGCCACCGCCAACCCCAUCCCUCGAGGGGCCAGCGAAGGAGCGUGUACCGCAAGGAGCUCUUCCUCCAGGCCAACUUUCGCUUCCUGGUCGCGGACUGGGCGGACCUGAGGGGCGCCGCGUCGGACCCGGACCACAUGGUCGACUGGGACGACGUCGUGUUGGUCGAGAUGGCUUCGGCUACGCCGCUGUCGUGUCCGGUGUGCCUCGACGAGCCCAUGACGUGCGCGCAGGUGACGCUGUGCGGACACGCGUUCUGCUUCCCGUGCAUCGCGCGGCACGCGGCGACGGUCAGGAAGGAGGGUGAGCCGGCGAAGUGCCCGAUGUGCUUCACGCCGCUGAGGCUGGCGGACCUUCGGACGGUGCGACGGCGGCCGAUUGACCCCAUCGGGGAAGAAGGUUUAGCAGCCGCCGGGGGGAUGGAAAACAACGGGGGCGACGCUCGCAAGCAGCCCGCCGCGCGCAAAGGCGUCGUCGCUAAGAACGCUCGUCUGACGCUGCUGAGCCGACGAAGGGAUAGCGCGGUGCCCACCCCGGUGCGCGUCGCGGGCCGACCAGGGGGGGGGAACGAACACAUUUCCGGGGCCGAAACGUGGCCGAGGUCUUCGCACGGCGCGGACGGCGGUCGCUGCGAUCUCUUUGCCAAGUACACCCUCACCGCGGACGAAGCCCUGCUCGGGGAGGAGGAGAGCGGCGCGCUGGAGCAGAGGGUCGCGUUCAUGGCCGCCGAGGGCGGCGCGGAGGCGGAGCAGGAGCUCCCGUACGCGCUCCUAGCCUGCGACGUGAUGCAAUCGCGGCUGGAGGCGUGGGCGGAGAAGCGAGCGAGGGCGGCAAACUUACCGCCGCCCCCGCGGGGCCCGAGCCGCAAGGACGCCGCCGCUAAAACCGCGGAGAGAGCCGCGGAGAGAGCCGCACGGGAGCGGUCGAUGGACGGCGCGUUCCCCGCGCUGCCGGGAUCCCAUCCGGGGCUGGCGGGCGACGGCGGGUCGAGGCGGCCGCCGGGGAUGACCGCCGCGGAUUGGCACGAUCACUCGGUGGCGUUUCUGAUGGGCAAAGCCGUGGAGGCGGCGAGCGCGUUCACCGACGAGGAGGAGGAAUCGGAGUCGGACGCCGAGUCCGAGCCGUGCGGGCGCCGGGCGCCGGGCGACGGAGGGACGGGAUUCGAGAGCGGGGAAGGGGGGUUCGUUCGAGGGGGGUUCGUUCGAGGGGGGUUCGUUCGAGGGGGGUUCGAGGGGAGUCCCGAGGCGGCGGGCGAGGGCGACCGCGACGCGCCCCUCGACGUCGGCGGCGGCGUCAUCGGCGCGACGUCGUCGUCGUCGGAGUUGGCACCCUCGGCACUCUCGGCACCCUCGGCACCCCCCACCGCCCGCACGGAGGUGUACUACUUCUACCAGGCGGAGGAUGGCCAACCCGUCGUGCUCCACGGCGCGUGCGUUCGUGUGCUGCUCGCGCACCACGGCUCGUACGAACACCUCCCGCUGACCCUCGAGGCGCCGGUGGUGGAGCUGGAGCGUCACACGCAGGACGAGGACACCAGGCGUCGGGCCGCGCACCUCCGCCACCUUCCGCUGACCACGCAGUACGCCAUCGCGGAGUUGGACAUGACGAAGCUCGUGCCGACAGAGACGCUGAGGGAACACGGAGAGGAGCUUCGAAGGCGCGAGGCGUGCCGACGGAGGCGGGCGGACGCGGAGCGAAAGGCGGAGGCGGCGGCGGUCGCCGCGGAGGCGCGGGAGAGGCGUAACGCGCGCGUCUUCUCCGCGGACAAGCGCGGCGCGAUGCCCGACGUUCGGGGAUCGGCGGCGGCGGGCGGUGACUCACCGGGCGGUGACUCACCGGGGGACGAAAAAACGUCCGGAUUCUCACCCGAGUCUCGCCCGAACGAUUCUCACCGGAGUCUCAACCCAACGGAGGCGCUCGCCCGCGCGAGGACGUUCGCGGAGGAGGAGGAGGCUGCUUUCGCGGCGGAGAUGGCUGCGGCGAGGGAGGCGGCUCUUAACGCGGCUGGUCCGCGGGGGGCUUCGUUCUCGAGGGUGGCUAGGUGGGGUUUCGCGUCUGGGCUCGACGCUCCGUCGCUGACGCCGGACUUGGUCGGCGACGCUUUCGGCCCGUCUCUGUCGGCGUCGGGGCCCGGGACGCGUGCGGCGACGCGGCCGGGGUUUGUGGCUGGGGGCGACGGUGCGUGGGGCGCCGCGGCGAGGUCCGCGGAGCCCGCGGCGGACGCGGCGGCGGCGGCGGCGGAGGAGGGGCGUCGGCGAAAGGGGAGGAAGGGCACGGUGCUGUUCGAGAUGGGGGGCGCGAGAAGAACGGGCGAGGCGAGGCGCGUCAGCGGCGAGGGAAGGAUCACGGGGCGCCGAGAAGGAAAGAUGCGGUCGGGGUUGACAACGGGGAGUUGGGCGGCGACGCUGCUGACGCUCGCGCUCCUCUCCCCGCUCGCCGGCGUCGCGUACGGCUCCGGCAACCCCGCGCCAACCUCGUAUCGCAUCGCGCCGUCGCCGACCCGCGGCGACAACGCGACGUGCGAGGCGCGAUACGCGCGCGCGGUGUCCGAGCUUCGCCGGGGGAUGGUGACGGGCUGCCUCCACUCGCUCGACGACGCGGUGGUCCGAUGCGACCCGUCCUCCGCGCCGCACGCCUCCGCAUCGGACGCCGCGAUCGGCGCGCGCGCUUCCUUCCUCCGCGCCCGGGUCCUCCUCCUCGACGGCGACUGGGCGGCGGCCGAGGAAGCCGCGACGGCCGCGCGAGAGUGGAGCGCGCAUCGCGCGCUCUUAGACCCGGACGCGACGCACCACCACCGAGCGCUCGACGCCGCCGACGCCAUCAUCGCCAAGGCCAAACGCGUGAGGUUUUUGCACGACGCCGCCGUCGGCGCCGCGCGCGAGUUCAGGCACGAACGCGCGUUUUGGACCGCGGGGGAGGCGCUGCGAACGUCGUGGCGAUCGUACGAUCUCCUCGUCGUUCGAGCCAAAGCCGGGGUGGAGUUGGACCUCUACGCGUCGGUGCGACAGGACGUCGCCCGAGCGCUCAAGAUCCGCCCAAAGUCUCCGGACGCCCUCCGAACCCUCGCGGAGGCGUUGCGCCGGUGCGUGAGGACCACGAACGCGCUCAAGGCUAGCGCCGGGGUCCUUCGCGAUUGCCUCCGAGCCAACCCGGACGACGGCGGGUGUCGACGCCAGCUCAGACGCGAUCAAUCGCUGCUGACGCUCAUUAACGACGCGGCGUCUGCCGAACGCGAGGGCGACUACGACGCCGCGAUGGCAUCGCUCGUAGACUUCGGUCGAAAGGACGUGCGACGUUUGUUCAGGGCUGGGACCGACGCGGCGCUGUGCAGGGUAUCGUCGCUCGCGGCGAGGACGAAACGCGCGGCGAGGGCGGCGAGGGGGAGGGGGCGAAAAGGGGGUGCCGAGGGGGGUGCCGACGAGGACGAGUGGGGUUUCAUCGAACGCCUCCGUUUUGGGUUCGGAUCGCGGGGAGGAUCCGCGGGGAACGGGGAGGAGGAGGACGACGACGACGAGUGGGGCGACGCCGCCGCGGAGCGAGCCGUGGGUUGGUGUCAGUCGGCGAUUCCCGCGCUCGAGGCCGUCGUCGAAAAGAACGGCGCCGGGGACGGCGGGCACGACGCGACGGAGCUGGCGAGGGCGUACGCCAACCGGGGCUGGGCGAGGUUGCUCCGCGGAACGGUGGACGCGGCGGACGCGGACUUGGCGGCGGCGAGGCGGGCGCUGGAGGAUUUCUCACUCCUCCGCGAGAACGUCGACGAGGACUUCGACGAUGACGAAGACGAAGACGACGACGAGGACGACAUCGAGGUGGGGUCCUCCCCUUCUUCGUCCUCUUCUUCUUCGUCGUACGGCGGCGAGGUGAGCGGUUACGUAAAACGCUCGGGUUCGAACGACUCUUCGAAAGAGGGUUCCGUCGACGCCGACCUCGCCAACCUCGCCCGCGCCGUCGCCGCCGCCCGAGAGGCGCUCAAACCGAGGGACCUGUACGCCGUGCUGGGUUUGACCCGCGCGGACGCGGACCGACCCGACUGGCGCACCGUGCUGAAGAGGGCGUACCGCGCGCUGGCGCUGCUGUUCCACCCGGACAAGAACCCGAGGGAUCCGGAAGCUGCGGGUGCGAGGUUUUUGGAGAUUUCGGAAGCGUACAAGACGCUCGCGGACGACGCCGCCCGGGCACGGUACGACGGCACCGGCGUCGCGGGGGUCCAACCCGAGACGGAGGGACACUCGUGGGGUGCCGAGAGACCGACUAAACCCGACGCGGACGGAUUCGGCGCACGCGAGAGGGGCCCGCCGGGCGGCGCCCCCGAGGAUUGGAAGUUUCAGUUUGACAAACGCGACGUGGACGCGGAUGGGUUCGCGCGGGGGCGGUGGGUGCACAAGGAGACCGGGGAGAGCGCGGACGGGACGCGGGACGUGUCCCCGGCGAGGCGCAAGAACCCGUGCGAGCGUCGCCACGCGUGCGUCGACGGCGCGGGGGGCGUACCCGCGGCGGGGACGCCGCGAGGCCGGAUCAGGGACGUGCCGACGGCGGUGACGGACGCGUCGAGCCCGCGAAACUCGGCGCGCGCGAGGCUCGUGGUGAACCACCUCGGGUUUCAGACGUUGGAGCUUGGAUUCACGCUCGCGCACGAGUCGGUUCCGGGGCCCGGGGGCGCGACGUCGACGUCGCGGGUUCCCGGCGGCGCCGACCACCCGCCCGACGGGCGCCGCCGCCUCGGAGACCCGCUUCGGCUGCUCGUCCGCGAACGGCUCCGCGCGCUCGUCGCCGCCGUCGCCGCCGCGCUCACCCCGGGCGAGGGAACCCCGGGCGGCGGCGAGGGUAAGAACGAACGCCUUUCCCCUUCAUCCGCGGCGUGGGUCGCCGAUAAAGCCGACGUCGCGUCGGGUGGAGCCGAGCGACAAAUCUCCGACGUGCUGCGACGGGUGAUCCACGGCGCGUCCCGGGGAGCGUACGCGGACAGGGACCGGGCGGAGGCGACGCGCGCCAUGCGUCGAUUCGCGUCGGCGGCGGCGUUACAGCUGGCGCGCAUCGGCGCGCUGGGAUUGGACGCCGGCCGCGCGCGGGGGGGCUCUUCGUCCACCGACUCUGACGGCCGGGAUUCUUCGUUUGGGGAAAACUCCGACGGCCGGUUGGAAUUGUCCGCGGCGCAGACGACCGCCGCGGAGUUGUGCGAUAACCCGACCGUCGCGGCGCGAACCCUCGCGACACCGUCCGAGGCGGAGAUGGCGGCCGCGCGCGAGGGGGCCUUGACGGGGGGCGACGGCUCCUUCGACGCCGGCGGGUGGGCGUACGCCGUCUGGGGUAAGGCGGACCGCGCGAGGGUUCGACGGAGGGUUCAACGCCGGCCGUGGAUGGCUGGCGGCCACGACGGGCGCGUGCGGGGUGGCGGCUGGGCGGGCGAUCGAUCGGAGGAGGGCGACGAGGACGAGGACGAGGACGAGGACGAGGACGAGGACGAGGACGACGAGGAGUACGUCGUUCGACCCGGGGACUCGGUGUGGUACGAGGUGAAGUGGCGCGGCGCGGAGGCGGUGGACCUGAACGAUCCGGUCGCCGGAUCCAAUCCCACGCGGGCCGCGCACGCGGGGGAACACGAGGACCACGAGGACGCGGACGGGUGGAACGCGAGCGGCGGGAGCGCGAGCGGCGGCGCGACGGAUGAUCUCUGGACGUCUCCGGAUGAUCUCCUUUCUGACGAUUUCGCCGACGGAUCCGCCCCCGCGUACGUCGCCCUGGACGUGGAGUGCGACGACGGCACGCGUCUGUCUCGCACCGACGCGCUCGACGACCGCGGCCUUUACGCCAACCCCCGCGUCGACCUGCGGGGCGCGACGCGGAGGUUCGGUGAGAGCGGUUGGCUGCACCGGCGCGUCGCGUUUCCGCGAGAGUUUUGGGGCAAAAAGCUGGCGCGGUGGGGGGCGGGGUGCGAGGGGGUCGCCCCGGGGACGAGGGUGAGGGCGAGCGUGCGUAACGUGCGGGUGGUUGGGGCGGACGGUCGGGAGGUGUUCGCGGCGUUGCCGUCGCACGGCAGGCCGCGGGUGAUUUCGGACGGGGACGAGUCGUGA